AUGAACGGAGUGUUUGGACGGUGUCAGGAGUUUCCGGCCACAGACGUGCUCCGCUAUGAAGUGUCACCGGGGGUUCUGCAGCACCUGACGGCCACCCUGCAGAGGCUCUCCCGCACAGGUCUCACGUGGCAGGAUGACCACACCCAGCGCGUGAUGGCCCGGGAACUCGCCAGCCUUCCCCAGACUUACCCGCGCCACCCCGAGGUGUCCAGCCCCGCCAGGAGCUCGAAGCAAACCGUCCCGGACGAGCAGAGCCUCAGCCUGGAGGGCGGCAUGCUGGCCGAGGCCCUGCAGCGCUACCUGCCCUACCUGGAGGCCCUGUCCCAGGCUGCCACCGCCGACGCGCUCCCGGGGCCGGAGCUGGACAGGCCACCUGCCCAGGGUGAGGACCCCCUGGCCGACAGCGUGCUAACCUUCGUGGCCCAGAAGUCCGCCCUGACCUACCCUCCCGUGGCGCGCGCCAACCUCGCAGGGGGCCGCCCCCUGCGCACGCUCCACCGGCUCCAGCCUGACGAGCUCAGCCCCAAAGUGGCCGGCGGGGUGGACAGGCAGCGUCUGGUGGCUGCACUGGGCGCCUACGCGGCCCGGAAGGCCCCUGCGCCCGCCAGGGACCGCGACCCCGCGCCCCGCGGCCUUGUGCGCGCGCCUUGGAGAGCGCCCCGGGUCCUGUCGGCGCCGGCGGCCCCCCAGAGAUGGCCUUCGCCUGCGGACCCCAGAGACGCCCCGGUCACAGACGAUGAAGCUCGUGUUCAGACACUGCUGAAGGACCUGCGGAAGCGCCCGGCCGGUGUGGAGGGUCUGAGUGCCCUGGACAUGGACGAGGUGGCCCGCGCCCUUGCGAGCGCAAUGCCAAGUGGGGGUGCGGCCGGGGCGCCGGGCGCGGCCGGGAGGAGCGGUGGACGCGGAGCGGAGGCGAACGGGGCGGGGGCCGCCCUGCACAGAGACCGCGUGCCAGAGAGCAGACUGCAAGACAGCGACGGGGGACUCUACCAGGAGGUGAACCGUCUGGGCGUCCAACUGGGAGACCUCCUGCAGGGCCCUGGGUCUCCAUUCCUGCUUGCAGCCCCCCGUCUCACCGAGACCUUCAAGACGGAGAGCAAGAAAGGGGAUGACGCUGAGGCCUCGCUGUCUUCGGAGGAGGAGCGCGCGGGCGUGGAGAACGUGCGGAGCCAGACCUCCUCCAGGGAGCUGCUGCAGAGGCCGCUGCAGGCAAGGCCCGGGCUGGGCACGGCCCCCCAGGAGGACCUGCACCUCGGGGCUGGCGCACAGGAACCCGCCGGCCCAGACCUGCGGCUGCAAGUCCAGGCCCCCGAGGAGGAGUAUGGCUACAUCGUGAUGGAAAAUGACUCCCUGAGCCUGGACGAGGGCACGCAGGCGCUGGAGGGCGUGGCGCGGCUCCUGGAGGUGCCGGCGGGUGUCUUCACGGACGUUGAGGUCGAGGGGCCAGCGGUGACCUUCAGGGUGCGCGCCAACGCCCAGAACGUGACCGCGGCAGCCGCGGCGAAGGCGGCAGCCGACAACAAGGAGAAACUGCAGACCAUGUCUGGGCUGAGAGUUCUUCAGGCCGGAGUCGGCUCGAGAAGCAGAAUCAAGCUUCUGCCUCACCAGGCAGCACGGGAGGACUCCACCAAGUUCGUGGUGCUCACCCUGGUCUCCAUCGUGGCCAUCGUGGGGGUCUUGCUGGCGUCCGGUGUCAUCUACUGCCUGCGACACAACUCUCACUACAGGCUGAAGGAGAAGCUCUCCGGGCUGGUGGGUGACCCGGGCCGAGACGCCACCAACGCCUAUCAGGAGCUGUGCCGUCAGCGCAUGGCGGUGCGCACGACCGAGCGCCCCGAGGCCACGCACACGUCCCGCGUCAGCAGUGUGUCCUCCCAGUUCAGCGACGGGCCCAUGCCCAGCCCCUCCGCGCGGAGCAGCACCUCGUCCUGGUCAGAGGAGCCCGUGCAGCCCAACAUGGACAUCUCCACCGGCCACAUGGUCCUGGCCUACAUGGAGGACCACCUGAAGAACAAGAACCGCCUGGAGAAGGAGUGGGAGGCGCUGUGUGCCUACCAGGCCGAGCCCAACAGCUCGCUCGUGGCCCAGAGGGAAGAGAACCUGCCGAAGAACCGCUGCCCCGCGGUGCUCACCUAUGACCACUCCCGGAUCCGGCUGAAAUCAGAGAACAGCCACAGCAGCUCUGACUACAUCAACGCCAGCCCCAUCAUGGACCACGACCCCAGGAAGCCCGCGUACAUCGCCACCCAAGGACCCCUGCCCUCGACUGUGGCUGACUUCUGGCAGAUGGUGUGGGAGAGCGGCUGCGUGGUCGUCGUCAUGCUGACCCCCCUCUCGGAGAACGGCGUCCGGCAGUGCUACCACUACUGGCCCGACGAGGGCUCCAACCUCUACCACAUCUACGAGGUGCAUCUGGUCUCUGAGCACAUCUGGUGCGAGGAUUUCCUCGUGAGGAGCUUCUACCUGAAGAACCUGCAGACGAACGAGACCCGCACGGUGACUCAGUUCCACUUCCUGAGCUGGUAUGACCAGGGGGUGCCUUCCUCCACCAGGUCCCUCCUGGAUUUCCGCAGAAAAGUAAACAAGUGCUACAGGGGCCGUUCUUGUCCAAUAAUUGUCCACUGCAGUGACGGCGCCGGCAGGAGUGGCACCUACGUCCUGAUCGACAUGGUUCUCAAUAAGAUGGCCAAAGGCGCCAAGGAGAUCGACAUCGCCGCCACCCUGGAGCAUCUGCGGGACCAGCGGCCAGGCAUGGUCCAGACUAAGGAGCAGUUCGAGUUCGCCCUGACGGCCGUGGCCGAGGAGGUGAACGCCAUCCUCAAAGCCUUUCCCCAGUGA